GCUGCCCUGGGCUCCGCAGGAGUCACCCUCCAUCUCCAUCCCGUCUACCAGGCCCAGCAUGGUGGCUGUGAAGUAAGCGGAGUAGGAGGAGGCCUGGGUGGAGCUCCAGUCUGAACUGAACCUGCUGCUUCCCAGACAUCUCCAUGACAACCAUGGCCUUGGAGAAGCCUGAUGGAGGCCUGGGCAGCUGCCAGGCGGUGACACCCAGGCUGGCCGACUCCAGCAGCUGGGCCCACGAUUCUCAGGAGCCAGAGGCUGAGGGUAGCCCUGCGGGUAAAGUGGAUGCCAGGCCCAAGAAGACAGAAAAGGAGUCUGUGGCCAAAGUGGCCCCAGGACCCAGCAAGGAGAGGCUGAAAGCAGGAGCAACCCCAAGGAGCCCCGCGCGCAAGAAGACGCAGGCCGCGCCUCCCCCGCAGCCGCCGCCGCCGCCCCCGGCCCUGAGCGAGGAGCUACCCUGGGGAGACUGGUCGCUCAACAAGUGCCUGGUGCUCGCCUCGCUGGUGGCGCUGCUGGGCUCAGCCUUGCAGCUGUGUCGCGACGUCGUGGUUGGAGUGGCGGACGCCCCUGCACCUGUCCCUGAGCCAUGGGUCCCUCCACGCUCUGCGCCAAAGAAGCCGGCGUCGCCCUCGCUGAAGCCCGAGGCCUGGACUCCCCCAGAGGGACCCCCUGCGCCCCAGGUGCCGGCAGAGGAGAAGACAGAGGUUCCCAGGAGUGCGGAGGCUGCAGAAAAGGAGGAAGGGGACCCUGAGGAGGCCGCUGGGGAGGAGCGCGCGCCCCUCGCCCACGAGGGGCCCAAGGAGAGGCUGCAGAAAGAGAGGCCGCGGAAGGAGAGGCCGCGGAAGGAGAGGCCGCAGACUGAAGAGAGACCAUGGAAGCCAGAGAAGCCACGGCCCGCCAGGGAGCCCCGGGAAUCCCCACCCCAGCGCUGGAAGGCACGAGAAGAAGGCCAUCGACCGUGGGUGCGGGACCCCAGAGACCCUAAGCACAGGAAGAGGCAGGCCUGGGCCUCUCCGCGACGCCCCAACGCAGAGGACUGGCCUCCGGGCCGCCAGAAGCACCGCGCGGGGAAGGGGCGAGACUGAGCCGGGCCUGGGUCCCGCUCCGGAAUCCUGGGACCUCUUCCGAGUAGCCCCUGGUUCUAGCGAAAUAAAGCGAGUGCUGUGGCCCCCA